AUGCUCGAGAGGUUCGGAUUAGUCGAGUUGGCAGCGGUCAGGGUGCCAAUCGGCGGAGACGAAGAAGGUGCGCUGCUACCUUCUGAUGGGAAAGGAUCGCCAAAAAGACCAACUGUGCAGACUUUCCAGUCGCUAGUCGGUAGUCUGUUAUGGAUAUCUCGAUGUACACGCCUCGCCAUAGCGUUUGCGGUGCACCGAGUGACUCGUCGCUCGCACGCACCGAGUGAAGGCGAUUGGCGCCUAGCAAAGAAGAUCGCAAAAUAUCUCAAGGGCAAAAAGAAACUGAAUAUCAUGAUGAAGGGAGACAAGAACUUAAUGAAAAAAGACGGCGUGGUAGUCGAAGCAUUCAGCGAUGCCGCCUACGCUGCAGACAAGAGUGACCGGAAGUCGGUUAGCGGUGGUGUGUUCAUGGUGGGCGGCAUGAUUGUAGGCUGGAUGUGCAAGAAACAGAAAUAUGUUGCAUUGUCAACGAUGGAAGCCGAGUAUGUGGCGGCUUCGCAAACAUCAGCUGAGAUGAUAGGCAUCGUGGAAUUGCUCAAGGAGAUCGGCGUGCAGAUGCAGUCAUGUACGACUUUACACGUGGAUAACCAAGCUGCCAUCGCUCAAAUCAAGGGCGAAGACACAUCUGGUCGAGCGAAGCACAUCGACGUGCGAUAG